GCCUGGGCGGUUCUAGGCGGCUAGGGUGGGUCUAGGCGGCGCCUAGGUCGCCUAGGCGAGUCUGGCCGCCGCCUUUUUAUUCCAAAUGAAGACAGACGAAGCUUGCACUCGCAGAGGAAUGUGGUGCAUGAGUGAAAUGAAGAGACGGAGAAACGAACACGAUGAAGUUACCGUUACCCUUAGAGCCCUUGAUUUUUAAGCCUAGGCGGCCUGGGCGGUUCUAGGCGGCUUGGGCGGUUCUAGGUGGCGAGGGUGGGUCUAGGCGGCGCCUAGGCAGCCUGGGCGGGUCUGGCAGCCUCCUUUUUGUUCCAAAUGAAGACAGACGAAGCUUGCACUCGCAGAGGAAUGUGGUGCGCUAGUGAAAUGAAGAGAUAGAGAAACGAACUCGAUGAAGUUACCGUUACCCUUAGAGCCCUUGACAUGUUCUGUAAGCAACAUCAACUACAUUUGUCUCAUAACAUCGAUGAAGUUACCGUUACCCUUGCUGUCAAGGCCUGUCAAGGGGACCCCAAACCCGGAUGCCAAAUUCACGGGUUUGCAGUUUCUUCUGGGUUUGCUUCGUAUACUACGAUUUCAAAUUCUUUGAUGAGUAUGUACACCAAAGCUGGACAGUUUGAUGGUCCCUUACUUAUCUUUGAGACUAUGUGCUAUAUUGAUAUAGUUUCUUGGAAUACUAUUCUUUCGGGGUUUCGAACAAGUGAAGGUGCAUUGAAUUUUGCUCUUAGGAUGAAUUUUAAUGGAGUUGUUUUUUAUCCAGUGACUUAUACUGCGAUUCUUGCUUUUUGUGCGGAUCAUGAAGAUUUUCUAUUUGGAUUACAACUGCAUUCUCUUAUAUUUAAGUCUGGUUUAUAUGGUGAAGUUUUUGUUGGAAAUGCACUUAUAAGUAUGUAUUCGAGGUCGAGGCUGUUAAUAGAAGCUAGGAGUGUUUUUGAUGAAAUGGAGAAGGAGGAUCUGGUUUCAUGGAAUGCAAUACUAUCAGGUUACUCUCAAGAGGGAAAUCAUGGCCUUGAGGCGAUUUUUGUCUUUAUUGAGAUGGUGGAGAAGGGAUGGGGUUAGAUCAUGUCUCAUUUACUAGUGCAGUUUCAGCUUGCGGUCAUGAAAUGAAUUUAGAACUUGGGAAACAGAUACAUGGCUUGACAAUUAAAUCAGGAUAUGGAAGUCAUGUUUCAGUUUGUAAUGUAUUGAUCUUGACAUAUUCAAAGUGUGAGGUUACUGAAGAUGCAAAAUUAGUCUUUUAGUACAUGAAUGAUCGCAACGUAGUGUCUUGGACAACUAUGAUUUCAAUGG